AUGAGAUGAGCCGCUGUUCUGGCAUAAGAGAUCGAACUGACAAAAUCCACGUUCGUUACCAGCGUGUGACGCCUUUUACUCGCGCCGAUCAUUCAGCAGAGUCCACGUAGUAGUCUCCUAAAACAUGGCCGCCAAUCAGAACACAUUAGUCAGGUUUCCGACAUCCACUCAUUAUAAGAUGGCUGCUGCCGGGAGGGUUGGUGCUGUGUUUUUUCUAUGUAUUGCUGCCUGUACCGGGGCUCACGAAACAUCGAGCACUGAAGAAUUUGACGUGAAACCUGGGGGUCAGGAGUACACCAAUACUCGGAGAUUGAAAUGGCAGAUGAGCAUUGGAGUAGAUAAGGACAACACGCAUUUCUCCUGCUCAAUAUGGAGGCCCACGGGGGUAUCCUAUUUGUUCUUUACUAUGUUCAAAGUAGAAGUGACCGGAGGCAAAAUUGAAUUCUGUGAAGCUUAUUCUCAGGCAGACAAACCAUUGAAGAAGUCAGAAUAUUUAGUAAGCUCUACAACAGUUUCCGACAGACCAGGUUCCUUUUCUUCAUCUCUGUACAAGUUAACAGUUGUGGCCAGUUCUUCGCAUGAAGAGUUGUGACACUACUAGCAAAAUCUUUGUGGAACAAUUGAAGUGACUUUCUCUUUUGCUAUGAUAGAAGAUGUAUGGCUUUUGAAAAACAUGCAAAUCAUUUCUGGUAGUAAAAACGGGGGUAUAGAUAACUGGAGCUGGUCAUACUUUGGUGAUUUUUGUAUAUAUAACUGUUUCAGUUACUUUUGCCCUUUCCAGCGCUUUAUUACAAAACCGGUUUGUCACCUAUUUGUCUUAAUACAAUUGGGGAUAUAUAAUUUGGUUCGAGUUUGCCGGAGAUGUGGGAUGUCUGGCGAGAAUCGACUUCUUUUUCAAGAGGCAAUAAUUUACAAGGCAAAACCAGUACAUGAUUGUCGCUAUAAAAAUACAGCCAUUCUCGGCCAAUAUCUUGCAACUCCGGCAAGCUCGGACCCUAUUACAUAUACCUCUGUGAGUGUAAAUUCUUAGUAGUGCCAGUAAAGUUGAAAUACCCCUUAACAGAAUCCAUCACCGUUUAUUAAAAGCUUGUUGAAAUAAUUAAAAAAACCUUCUUGAAAUUAAUAAAUAAAUAAAUAAAUUGUUUGUCACCCCCCCCCAGUAAAUCCAUUGUCUCUUUAAACUUGUGAUUUUAGGGGGGAUGCAGUUAAAAUGCCAGCUGUGUGGAUCCCAGCGUUCAGGAUACCAACACCAAAAUUCCCGCCUGUUGACAAUGCCGCCAGCCGGAAUACCGGCACACAAGGGCUAUUGCCACUCGUGGGUGUCCGUGACACCCAUAUAGUGGGAAUAGAUCCUGUGGCAAGUACAGCAAGCCACUGAGCCUGCAAGGGGAGACUCAGCGCUCGCCCCGCUGCCAGCAUUCUGGCGAGUGGGAUGCAGCUGUUGAAAUAAAUAUUGACAGCCGGCAUCCCAUCCGCCGGGGAAACGUAUGUAAUCCGUUUAGGGAACGGUGUGUCAGAAUAUGGCAAUUACUUUUGGUUAUGAGGAUACCAUGUAUGCAUGAAUUUAGUAAUUGUCUGAGCCAUUGUGCGGUCGCUUAGCAUAGGAUAAACUUUAAGCGUCUGUCCUUUUGCUAAUUCUCUGUUUUCUUGGUGAUCCAAUUACACUCAUCAAUGUGAUCUGAGCACGUGUGUCUACUUUUGCAGAUAGUAAAAAGCUUAUAUUUGUGCCAAACAUGCUUAUGAAAUCAUCCAACAUUUUAAACUCAUUAACAAAUAAAUAACGAUAACAUUCCAGUCUAUACAUUUUAAAUAAUGCUGCUUUAUAAAUAAUGGGGCUGUCAUCUCUGUACUGUAAGUUCAGCAAUUCUAUGGCCGGAUCAAUACAAUUCAAGAGAAUGUAGCAUGACAAUCCAUUGGUACAUUUUUAAUAUAAGUCAUGCAUUCUGAAUAUUAGGUAAUGCUUCAUGCCACUGGUUCCUAGCCAAAAUUACUAGGUUGCAUACUGGUUUACUCACAAAAUAUGAAUGCAUGUUUAUGGUGCAUAUUAUUCAAUAAAGUUAACUGUGCAUAUG